AAUACAUUGCUGUAACCCAGCUGACCGGAAUGGCGGGAGAAUGUAGCGAUGUUUGCUGAAUGUAUCCAAGGCGGCGAGUGGUACUUUCUCAUGUUACAGAGUAUCGGACAGUUUUUAACUUUUUAAUCACAAGAUUAUUUUGUUAAACGGUUUUAUUAAAGUAUAUCCAUAGUCGAGUGGAAAUUCGAUUUGAAGUAAAGCCCUCUUUCUAAGGGAGAUUAUUCAUGUCUCUCUGCCGUAGUUAAUGUGGAUUUUGCUGUAUCGACAAUCUGAAGCAAAGUUUACCUGAAAUGAGCAAGUAUCCUAUCAGGCACAGAGUGCGUGAAAGACGGCGAUACACUUGGCGAGGGAAACCUGAUCGUGUGCAUCGCAAACUGCAGGAUUUGGUUUAUGAAGACCACUCCUCCCAAGAUACUUGCUGCUGCAACCACAGGAGAUGCAAUGCCUGUCCCUGCACCUCCUUGCUCACAUCCAUCCAGGGACCCUCAGCCGCCCUUCCAGAGCUGUUCAGAUCGAACAUGAAGGAACUUCCUUCAUUUAUUGCAUCAAAAUCAAAGAUUUUGUUUUAAUUAAGAGAGAUGAUGAGGAUCGUCCAUAUGUCGCUAAGCUGCUUAAAUUGUAUGAGGAUGGUACACAACAACCUCCCACUAAGCAGGCAAUUGUCCAGUGGUUUAUUCGUAUUGAGGAAAUACCCAAAACAAAGCAGAAGCUAUUGGGAAGAGAAGCCCAUCCUAAUGAGAUCUUCUUGUGUGAAGCCUCUAACUAUGAAAAUCAGAUCAAUGUUGAAACUAUUCUUAAGCAUGUAAAGGUAAUUCAAAUUGCUCCAGAUGAACCAUUCCCUCCUUCCCAGCCAAGUGAUGAUGCUCUCUUUGUUAAAUUGAACUGGGAUGGAAAGAGUUUUAACAAGCUACCUGAAGAUGCAUUCUCUGGGAAGGCCAUCAAUUCAACUGAGUCUUUUUAUGAUCAUAAAAGCUUGGAUUCUUUACUGUGGCACCCACGGAAAUCUGUGAAUUCUUAUCCAAAUAUUAAUUGCAAGUCUCAAAGUGAUUCUGUCAAGAAGAUUGCCAAAUGCACUUUCCAAAGUAAGAAGAGUACUGAAAUCACAAAGGAGCAAAGCAAUAACUCCAUGCUUGUGAAGAUUCCUUUGCACAAUGAUUUCAAGAAAUUAUCAAGAAUGAAGCAAGUGGAUAUUUUGUCUGAACUCCUUGAUGAUGAUGAUGAGGAUGAUGGCGAUGAAGAAGACGAUUCUUCUCGAAAACGUCAUCAAGUGGAGCAGAGGCCACGGGCUGUAAAACGCAGAGUAGAUUUCAAUGGUAUUUCGGAUAAUCAUUCGCCUUCUAAAGGAUUACAGAGUCAGACGAAGAUAAAUAAUUCCAUUUCACCUGAUGUACACAAUAGAAGGGCAAUGAGAAAUCAAGUUGCCUCCUUGCAAUUAUCUCCCAAUGUUAAAACUUCAAAAACUAUUCAGCAAGACUCGAGACCACAUGUACGCGAUGGAAGGGCAAUGAAAAAUCAAGUUGACUUUUUGCAAUUAUCUCCCAUUGUUAAAUAUUCAAGAACGAUUCAGCAAGACUCGAGUCCACCCGGAAAUAAUGGAGAAAUCAUCGAUAUCAAAAGAUCGAAAAGAAUGAACAGCCAGAUGGAUAAUAUUCAAGAUACUCCAAGGUCUCGUCGCAAGUCUGACAAUAAGGGUUACUAUGCACGUGACCAGGAUGAUGAAGGAUCUGAUGAAUUAAUUUUAGACCAUGAAAAAGGCAGUGAAAGCAGCAGUGUGGACAAGGAGCAAGAUGAUGAUGAUGCUUCUGAAUUCAGGAGGAAAUGUGCAAAGAAAAUAUCAAAGUCCACAGCAAAGUUAUCUGAAAAGACAUCGGCAAAACGGCCUGGAACAAGAACACCUGGAACUCCACGGACACCCUCCCAUCCAAGUCCUUAUAUCCCAAGGAGAAGCCAGCUGGCUAAAACGCCAGUCAGUGGUUUAGAGGAAGCCAGGGCAAGAUCGAAAAGAAUGAAAAGCCAGAUGGACAAUAUUCAAGAUACUCCAAGGUCUCGUCGCAAGUCUGUCAAUAAGGAUUACUAUGAAAGUGACCAGGAUGAUGAAGGAUCCGAUGAAUUCAUUUUAGACCAUGAGAAAAGCAGUGUAAGCAGCAGUGCGGACGAGGAGCAAGAGGAUGAUGAUGAUGAUGAUGAUAAUUCAGAAUUCAGGAGGAAAUGUGCAAAGAAAAUAUCGAAGUCCACAGCAAAGUUAUCUGAAAAGACAUCGGCAAAAAGGCCUGGAACAAGAACACCUGGAACUCCACGGACACCCUCCCAUCCAAGUCCUUAUAUUCCAAGGAGAAGCCAGCUGGCUAAAAAGCCAGUCAGUGUGUUAGAGGAAGCCAGGGCACGGUUGCACGUGUCUGCCGUCCCAGAGUCUCUACCCUGCAGAGAGCAAGAGUUUCAAGACAUUUACAAUUUUGUGGAGAGCAAACUUAUUGAUGGUACUGGAGGAUGCAUGUAUAUUUCUGGAGUGCCAGGAACAGGAAAAACUGCAACAGUACAUGAGGUGAUGAGGUGUCUUCAGCAUGCAGCAAAUGAGGAAAACCUCCCGUCCUUCCAGUAUAUAGAAAUUAAUGGAAUGAAGCUUACAGACCCUCACCAAUGCUACGUACAAAUAUUGAAGUUAUUGACAGGGCAGAAAGCCACUGCAGACCAUGCUGCUGCACUACUGGAGAAGCGAUUUGGUACACCAUCGCCAAAAAGGGAGUCCACAGUGUUACUGGUUGACGAGCUUGAUCUUUUGUGGACUCGGAAACAGAACAUUAUGUACAAUCUGUUUGACUGGCCCACACGGAGGCAGGCAAAAUUAGUGGUUUUGGCAGUAGCUAAUACAAUGGAUUUGCCAGAGAGGAUCAUGAUGAACCGAGUAGCAAGCAGGCUGGGAUUGACCAGAAUGUCCUUUCAACCAUACAGCUACAAACAGUUGCAGCAAAUCAUUUCUUCCAGACUCAACCGAUUGAAGGCUUUUGAGAAUGAUGCAAUUCAGCUAGUGGGUAGAAAGGUAGCAGCUCUGUCUGGUGAUGCAAGACGUGCUCUAGACAUUUGCAGAAGAGCUGCUGAAAUAUGUGAAUAUUCAGAGAAUCAGAAACGUGCAUCCAGCCUUGUAGGAAUGCCUCAUAUAUUACAAGCUCUUGAUGAAAUGUUUUCUUCUCCAUACAUAAAUGCUAUAAGGCAUGCAUCCGUCCAGGAACAAAUUUUUAUAAAAGCGGUGCUUGCCGAAUUCAGAAGGCUCGGUUUAGAAGAAGCAACAUUUCAACAGAUCUACCAACAGCAUAUUGGACUAUGUAGGUUAGAAGGACUGCAGCCUCCAACAAUCUCUGAAACUAUGUUGGUUUGUACAAGACUUGGGGCUUGUCGACUCCUACUAGUUGAGUCUAGUAAAAAUGAUCUUCAUUUGCGAGUUCGAUUGAAUGUUAGCCAGGAUGAUGUAAUGUAUGCUUUAAAAGAGGACUAAUUAUAAUGUAAAUAUUCAGUGUGAUGAAAUGUAUGUUGCUAUUUUAAUACUAAUUCUUAACCAAUAUCAACAUUUUAACAAAUUUAGGUUUUCGGAAACUUUUAGCUAAUUUAUUUUAAGAUGUUUAUUAUAAUAAAUAAACUUCAAAUUUGCUUUUUGUAAUUAUUCAUUAAGUAUAAGGCUGCAAAUAUUAAAAUUUAUCUUUCAGAUAAGAAUACAUUUUGUUUCACUAUAUUUACUUCCCACAAUGUACCCUAUUCUUUAACCAAACAGACAUGUGGCUUAUCCUGAGCUAGUUGCUAAUGCAGUGUGAAAACAGCACGGUCUGAUUUGGUUAUUUAAAUUUUAUUUUGGCUAUGCCAAGAGUGAGUAAUUAAUAAAAAUGAACAUUUUUUUCAAUA